AAAGCGCACAUGUUCGCAAGUGAAUCGUCUUUGCCGGUUGAUCUUCAAAAGUGUUUUUGAAUUUCGCUUAUUUUGUAGUUCGAAGAUGUAUUCUCAAGCUGACGACGAUGAUGCUGACAAUUAUAAUGGAGAAUAUGAUGAUGUCCAUACUCUCCCAGCUUAUCACAUGCCUGAGGAAAUCAAAGGAUUUAUUCAUUUUUUUCAUAAGCACAUCAUUGAGCAGAACUUGCACGAUAUUCAGUUAAUUUAUGAGAACGGAUUCAACAGAUUGACAGAGAGAUACUUUAACAAGUCUCCUUGGCCAGAGGCAGACUACAUCUCACCCCUUGUGGAAGAUGAUCAAGUGUUCUUAAUCUUAUACAAGGAGCUUUACUACAGACACAUCUACAAUAAACUAAAGCCUACAUUGGACCAAAGAUUUGAGUCUUAUUAUAACUACUGUGAUCUCUUCAACUAUAUACUAAACACCGAUGAACCAGUUCCACUAACUCUGCCCAACCAAUGGCUGUGGGAUAUUAUUGAUGAAUUUAUCUAUCAGUUUCAAUCGUUCAGUCAGUUUCGUUCAAAACUUCAAAAGAAGCCAGACGAGGAAGUGGGAACAUUGAAAGCAAAUACUAAGAUAUGGAAUGUACACAGCGUUCUUAAUGUAUUGUAUUCACUUGUUGAGAAGUCAAACAUCAACCAACAGUUGCAAGUCUAUAGCAGUGGCGGUGACCCUGAUUCAGUUGCUGGAGAGUUUGGGAUCCACUCAUUGUACAAGAUGCUGGGUUAUUUCAGUCUGAUUGGUUUACUCAGACUCCAUUCAUUGCUUGGUGACUAUUUCCAGGCCAUUAAAGUACUCAGUAAUGUGGAAUUGAACAAGAAGAGUCUUUAUUCUCGUAUUCCUGCUUGUCAAAUCACAACGUAUUAUUAUGUCGGGUUUGCUUACUUGAUGAUGAAACGUUAUCAGGAUGCCAUCAGAACCUUCUCCAAUAUCCUUCUGUACAUUCAAAGGACAAAACAAAUGUUUCAGACCAAGUCAUACCAGUUUGAACAGAUUAUGAAGAAAGGCGAACAGAUGUAUUCCCUUUUGGCAAUUGCUGUCACUCUUUGUCCUGAAAGAUUGGAUGAAAACGUGAGUGCACAGAUGCGUGAAAAAUGUGGUGAAAAACUGCAAAAACUCCAACGGGGAGAUUUGCAAGCAUUUGAAGAAUGUUUCUCCUAUGCCUGCCCUAAGUUCAUCUCUCCUGUCCCUCCAAACUUUGAUGCACCAGCAAACUACAACAGGGAGCCAUUCAACCUACAGCUGAAGGUUUUCAUGAAUGAAGUGGCACAGCAAUCAAAGAUUCCAAUAGUUCGCAGUUAUCUGAAAUUGUACACCACUAUGCCAAUAUCCAAGCUGGCUGCCUUUCUUGACAUGGAUGAAGAUACUUUUAGAAACCAGCUACUUUGCUACAAGCACAAGCAGAGAAACUUGGUCUGGACAUUGGGAAAAGAUGCACUGGAUGGUGAACUGCAGUCUUCGUCAGAAGUUGAUUUCUAUAUUGACAAGGAUAUGAUCCACAUUGCUGAUACCAAAGUAGAACGACGAUAUGGAGAGUUUUUCAUAAGGCAGAUACACAAAUGCGAAGAGCUUGCAAGAAACUUACAGGGAAAUUAGAUGUUCUGAAAGAAGUAAUGUGAUCCUGCAAACAAAACAGAAAUAAAAUGAAUCAAAACCAC